UACACGGUAUAUUUUCUCGUGACUUGAACAAAUUUAUAUAUAGGAAAUUGCACAACUGAAAAGAACUGGAAUAAAUAUACAUGUAUGCAAAAAUGGUUACAUAAUUGUUUCACUUAAUAAAAUCAAAAGUCUAACUGAUGCAUCUACAUGAAUGAAUGACUUUCUGUAGGUAUGAUAAAAUAAGUUAAAAGCAUUAAUUUUUCUCUCACAAUUGAUUAAUUUACAAUGGAAUGGUAGAAGUAUGGAUGUCUGUGCAAGAAAAGUGUUAAAAUCCAAGAAAAGAUUUAUUUUGGAAAACUUAAUCUUGAAUGAUGCGAUUCUGGACCAUUUGGAGGAUCAAGAAAUUCUAAAUGAGGAUAUGGUACAACAAAUUGCAGCAGAAAGAACAGACAAUCAGAAGAUCAACAAACUCCUCUACAUAUUAAAGAGAAGAGGACAAACUGCUUUUCACCAGUUUUUAGAUGCAAUCAAACAAGACUUCAAUUUUGUGUCGGAGGUUCUUAAGGCAGAAUAUGAAAAUGAAUUGGACAAUUUAAACAGCCAAGACUCAAGCCCCUCUGAUAGACAGAGACACAGCUCUGAAGAAAACACCAGCAAUGAUGAAACAGAACGAGAAAAUUGGAACAAAGUUCAAACAUCUGUUGGAACCCAAACUUUUGAGGUAGAAAGAAACAAAAAUUCUGACUUCAUGAAGCGAAUGAUGCAAGAAUCAUUUCGGUGUUGGUAUACCAAGAUCAAGUCUCAUAUGACUAACAGAAACCUCAGAGAGCUGUCAUUUAGAAGCCCUGAACCAGUAACAUAUGACAUGGUUGACCAGCUUAUAGAUGAGAUGAUUUCCACAAUAGAAGGGUGCUACAAAACAUUGAGGGUUAAAGACAACUUAGUCACUCAUGUUAUUGAGCUGAAGGAAUCAAAAAAGAAAAUGAAAAAGGAGUUGAAUGAGAAAGACCAGUUAAAGAACAAGUAUGCUGAUAAUAUCAUCAAACUAGAAAAUAGAUGCAGACACAUCAAUGAGAUGUUAGAAGAAGAAAAGAGACACAAUCAAAAAUUGCAUGAUGAAUUUGAAAGUCUGAAAGAGAAAUUGGAAGCUCAAUUGAAAGAAAAGGAUUUGGAAAUUGAUGAAUUAAAGAAGCAGUUACAAAAUGCUUUAUUAAAAACAAAUGAAGGUAUUAAAAUGGUUGAGAGAGAAAAGAAAGUUAAACCAGAAAGGGAAAACUGCAGACAAAAUGCGUUAAGCCUUGGAAGAGAAACAGAACAGACAGAAUUAACUAGACAAGGAACAUGGCAAAAAAGCAAAAGAGCAAGGUCUGUAGGAGAUUACCAAAUGAAACAGCACAUUUCUUACUACAAAAGUUCAUAUAAGAAUAUAUAUCAGCAUGAUAAAUCCAGAGAAAUAUCCAAAAAAGCCAGCAGACAGAUGACUCAUAGUAAUGGAAGAGAAAGCAAAGAACUGACAGCCGUAGAGGAACCAGAUGGUGUCAAUUUAGUAAGAACUCAGUCUUUUGUUGAAUUAUGCAACAACAGAAGCUCAUGCCAGAGUGGAAAGCUUAAACUGAACCAAUCACAGAAUUCUGACGAAGAAGACAGGAAUGACCAUAAUGUUCCAGAUACAAACUUUCACCAAUUAAAAACUAAUGAAAUCUGUAAAGAACAGCAACAAAUCUUUAUAGCUGGCAAUAACUCUGACACAACAAAAACACUUAAGGAGCAAAACAAUUCCACUCAAAGUAAGAAAGUAAGAGGAAGAAGAAAUUCUCAUAUUGUCAAACCAAGAAAAACCAACCUGAACCAACAAAGGGUUUGGUUUGGAACACAUGAAAACAACCAAGAAGCUAUUAAAAAAGCAGGCAGACAUGUUCCUAAUGAACCAAGAAAUCUGAGUUCACUUGUUGUGGUAAAUAACAACAAAUGUCCACUACAAGAAAGUCCAAGAGGUGCAAAAAUUCCUAAAAAACACCCUUGAAAUUGAGAGGUUGAUAAGUAUCUCUAUCAAAACAUCAGUGAGUGCAUUAUCAAUAAUCAAUGAUUGUUUCUACUUCUUUAGAUGGGUCACACCUGUACAUGAAAUGCCUUUUUCCCAAAGUUAUGUACAAAAAUCCCAAAUGACGACAGAAAUUCAUAUGGCUCACUUUGACUCAGACCAGUUCUCAAAAAGAGAGGGGGAAAAAUAACUACUCACUAUAUAAUUUGUUUAUAAAAAUACAUGACAGACUCUGUUAAGUAUUUUGAUUUUGGUAUUAACAUAGAAAUAGAUUAGGUCUAAGGCAAACAAGAGGAUAGAUUGAAAUGAAAGAACUCUUUUUAUUUGUAUAUUAUGUGUACACUGUUUUAUAUAAUUAUUUUUCCCUUUAUUUUGUUAUUUUACUUGUUAACACGUUCAAUUCUUUUUAUGUUUUUAAAUACAAAGUAAUUGUUCAAAAUUUGUUCAAAUCCAUUGUUUUGGUAGCAACAGUUCUAUUGUAGUUUUUAAAUACCCAACAUUAUAUUUAAUUGGCCCAUUGUUUGAAUUGAAAACUUCUUUAUCUCCGGUCUCAUUAUACGAAACUACUUUGAUUUCAAUGUCUUA